CCUCUGCUUCUUGGUGAAAGAAACGCUUGUCUUGUUCUCGUCCACAUCCUUCUGUGAGAUUCUCAGGUUGGAGCUGAGAUCCGUGCAGACAUGAAAUUUGUAAUCCUGCUGGCUGUUUUGACUGGGGUGCUGGCGGCCCCAUUCGUGAGAGAAGAGGAAGCAAAGCGCUUCAUCCGUCUGAAAAGACAGUCAGGAUACUGGGACCCCCACAACUCUCAGAACCAGUGGGGUUACACCAUCCAGGAGCAGGCGAACGAGUACUGGACAGCUCUGCGAACAGACGCCCAGUUCUACAUGGAUAUGGGCAACCUGAUGUUUGACCGCUCUGUGGCGGAUGAGAACAACAGGCUGUACAUGGAGAUGUUGCGCAAUGCUAGAGCACACUUGGACAGCCAGACGGGAGGACGCAAAUAGGAAACAUGAAGACAAAUGAUAUGAGGGUUGAUAUGGUAAACAAACAUGAUUAUAAUGUGGUUAAUGGCAGGCUUUUUGGAGAUAAUGUUUCAUUACGGUGUCAUAAAUGCGCUCCUUAGUUACGUUUUAGAUGCAAAUGAGAGUUGCCACCAUGUAACAUAUUUGGCUUAUGAUUAUACUUUAGAUGCACUAUCUAUUCAACAAUACCACAGCAAUUUAAUCAAAGCAGGCAGAGAAGAUACAAUAUCCUUUCGAAGUUUGCUGGCUAAAAUCCCCGCUUGUAUUUCAUACCGAGGCAGCGAGACUGUUUAGAUUUGUUGUAAAACAUGCUGACUCAUCUUAGAAUAGUGUCAUUGUGCAGCAGUAAA